AGCGGGGGAGGGCGGGACCGCUGUGCUCUGAGGUGCGCUCGGGUCCGCAGCCGCUGAGGGCAUGGGGGGUCCCGCGGGGCCCCGGCGCCUUCUCCACGCCCCGCACCCGCUCCUCUGCCUGCUCUGCCUCCUGCCGCCGCUGCUCAGAGCGGCCGGGCCCAGCCAGGCACCCAGAGACCAGCCCGUGUGGAUGCUACUGGAACAGUACUGCCACGCAAUCACGACCCUCACCAACCUCUCAGGCCCGGGCCUUGUGUCUGUCCUUGGGCAGCCCCUUCCCCACUGGGGCUCAGGUCCUUCACCGAUGAUGAAGAACUUGGCCGGGAGUCCUUCUCCAGCUCCCGGCUCCCUGCGUCUACACCCAAGGAAGCUGGCUGGCCUGGCAUUCAGGUGCCCGAGGAGGGGGCACCUUGCUGCUCUCAAACUCCAGCAAGAAGGUGUAAAACACAUUCUCCCUUUGCCGUGGCUACAGAUGUUACCUCCUGGUCCCUACUCCUACUGCAACACGACCUUGGACCAGAUCGGGACGUGCUGGCCCCGGAGCGCGGCCGGAGCUCUGGUGGAGAGGCAGUGCCCCGAGUACUUCAACGGCGUCAAGUACAACACGACCCGGAAUGCCUACCGAGAGUGCUUGGAGAAUGGGACCUGGGCCUCACGGAUCAACUACUCACAGUGUGAGCCCAUUUUGGAUGAUAAGCAGAGGAAGUAUGACCUGCACUACCGCGUCGCGCUCAUUGUCAACUACCUGGGCCACUGCGUGUCUGUGGCAGCCCUCGUGGCUGCCUUCCUGCUUUUCCUGGCCCUGCGGAGCAUCCGCUGUCUGCGGAACGUGAUUCACUGGAACCUCAUCACCACAUUUAUCCUGCGAAAUGUCAUGUGGUUCCUGCUGCAGCUCAUCGACCAUGAAGUGCAUGAGAGCAAUGAGGUCUGGUGCCGCUGCAUCACCACCAGCUUCAACUACUUCGUGGUGACUAACUUCUUCUGGAUGUUCGUGGAGGGCUGCUACCUGCACACGGCCAUCGUCAUGACCUACUCCACCGAUCGCCUGCGCAAGCGGCUCUUCCUCUUCAUUGGAUGGUGCGUCCCCUGCCCCAUCAUCAUUGCCUGGGCCAUUGGCAAACUCUACUAUGAGAAUGAACAGUGCUGGUUUGGCAAGGAGCCCGGCGACCUGGUGGACUACAUCUACCAGGGCCCCAUCAUCCUCGUGCUCUUGGUCAGGGUGUGGAGAAGCAGGCUCUGGAGCCCUCAGGUGACAGGGGACCCGGCAAGUGGGGUAGCUGCCUGCCCCGGUGAGGGAGGAGCAGAGGCCUUGGGACCCCAGGCAGGUGCUGGGAUCAAUUUUGUAUUUCUGUUCAACAUCGUCAGGAUCCUAAUGACAAAGUUACGAGCAUCCACCACAUCGGAGACGAUCCAGUACAGGAAGGCGGUGAAGGCCACCCUGGUUCUCUUGCCCCUUCUGGGCAUCACCUACAUGCUCUUCUUCGUCAACCCUGGGGAGGACGAGCUGUCACAGAUCGUGUUCAUCUAUUUCAACUCCUUCCUGCAGUCGUUCCAGGGUUUCUUUGUGUCUGUCUUCUACUGCUUCUUCAAUGGAGAGGUGCGCUCGGCUGUGAGGAAGAAGUGGCACCGCUGGCAGGACCAUCACUCCCUCCGAGUCCCCGUGGCCCGGGCCGUGUCCAUCCCCACGUCCCCCACGCGGAUCAGCUUCCACAGCAUCAAGCAGACGGCCGCUGUAUGAGCCCUCCGUACCCUCACCUCGCCCAUCACUCCACCAUCGGGGCGGCCUCCCCAUCCUCCUCCAGCACCUUUCUCUGGGUUCUCCUGGCUGCGCAGGCUCUGACGGGGGCAGAGGGAGGGGGGAGACCAGCUCUCCAGGCUGGCAGGAGGGAGGCUAUGCAGCAGCACGAGGGGCUCCCGGGAACCAGGGCCGGCUGGACCCCAAGUCUCAGUGCGAGAGGGAGCUGAGCCGAGAAGUCACGGGAACCCCCAGAGGAGAGCGGGUCACAGGUCUUCAGGCAUUGCCCACACCAGCCUCUCUGGCUGGAUCCUCACUGUCGCCCUGUUCACAGAUGAGGAAACUGAGGCCCAGAGCCAGGGAGGGGCUCCCCAAGUCACACAGCUAGUUCAUGAGAGACCUGGGGCUCCUUUGCCCCACUCACGGCAAGGGUCUUCCCACCAGCGGCGGGUGAUGGUUGGUCCCACCCCCUGCCUUCUGCCUCUAAGUUCUGUGGCGCCCUCUGCAGUUGGAGGGAGGCACAGCAGCUGGAGUAAGAGAUUCAUUCCACUGGCUUCGUCCCAGGGACUCUCACUUAGAGAAGCCUCACCUACACCCCAUCCUCCUGCCCCUCGGACCCUUGGAAGGAUGCUGCCUCCUUUGCUGAGAGCCCUCUUCUCAACCUAGUCCACCGAUUCAGGGCCUUGGGGAGGGGCAGGUGGGGAGGAAGACGUUGCCAGGGCAGCCGUACACGCUUAGACCAACCAGAUACGUGGUGUAGGACGAAACGGGGAGGAGACGCCCGGGGGACGACAGGCUGGGAGAAGGAGUAGGGUAGAAAUAGCAGAAACCAAAGUACGUCUUAGGUAACUGGAACUAAUCCCUCAGCCCACACCUGAGCCUGGGCUUCAGCCUCCCCUUCAGAAACAACAUCUCCACUGUCUGUGAAAUAAACUGUGCCUCUGUGGAAAUGCGGCCUCCCCUCAGGUUUGAAGGCGUGCUGUGGGCCAAGGAUGCUGGGCUGGGCCCAUCAUCAUUUGCAAAGACUCUCGCCCUGGCCUGCGGCCGGUUCUCCCUCUCCACCAGUGCCUGCAGGUCUGUCCCUUAUCGUUUGCCCAGGCCAAUAGCUGCCCCUCCUCCCCAGCUGAAGGCAGUUUAAUUCAGCGUGAAAGAGAGGUCCAGCUCCCCCAGCAGGCCAUGGCCCGUUCCUGUUCUGGAAUCUGGAGGGAAAUGUAGAGCAGCUCCCCGCCCCCCCCACUGCAGUCUCUGGGAGCCACAACCAGGGCCAUCUCCAUCUUGGCCUCUAUCCGCCCUUCCCUCCAGGAGAAGGUGGGAGGCAGGGGGCCGGAGGAGCUGUCAGACUGGGGUUCAAAAGGGCUUUUGCUCUAGGUAUGCCGCCUCCUCCAUUUUUUAAAAAUUAUGUAUCCCAUCUUGCACAUUUUUAAGUUGACGUCUAAUAUUUUUCACAUAAGUUUUAAAACUUGUGAGGGAUGUGAUU